GCUGAACUGAAGCGGUGAAAUCCCAAACAAAAUAAAAACACAGAGAGAGAGAGAGAGACGAAACGACGAAGUGAUGGCGAGCGAGGAAGAGAGCACAGUGAAGGAGCCGUUGGACUUGAUAAGGCUUAGCCUCGACGAGCGUAUCUACGUCAAGCUCCGGUCUGACCGUGAGCUCCGCGGCAAGCUUCAUGCUUAUGAUCAGCAUUUGAAUAUGAUUCUUGGUGACGUUGAAGAAAUAGUUACUACUAUUGAAAUUGAUGAUGAAACAUAUGAAGAGAUUGUGCGGACCUCAAAGCGCAUGGUUCCUUUUCUCUUUGUUAGAGGAGAUGGUGUCAUUCUCGUUUCACCUCCUUUAAGGACAGCUUGACUUGGCUCACUCUUUCAGUAAGUAAUUGUGACAGACUUCAGCUAAUGCAUGACUAUGUAAUUGUACUUUUAUAUUGCUGAGUGAAUGAAGUUCAUGGUACUAAACAUUUAGGAUAAGGAAUUUGAUUGUACAUUUUGAGAUGAUUGAAUGAAUGAAAAUUUAUUUAGUUUCA